GGAACUGGAGGGCUGAGGCAGCCGUUCCGGGGAGCCAGCCCGAGGAGGUAGGGGUGGGCGGGCCAAGUCCUCCGGCUGUUAUUUAUUUGGUGGAUCUCGCCUGCCUUUUUUUCCUCCGGAGCCCGCUCUCUCCGCAUCCUGCUCUUCCCAUCAGCGCCCAGGUUUCCCGACAGCUUCUAGUUCCCCACCGCACUCGCUUCAGCCCUUGACCUCGUGCCCCUGCCCGCCCCCCAACUUUGGAGUUCAACCUCCAUUUCCCCUCCUUCCGUGCUUCGCUUCCUCCUUUCUUUUCCCGUACCCUGCGCCCGGCUUCUCCUUGUCUUUCUUCCAUAAACCUGGAUCGCCAACAAGGUUGUCCGCGUGCCUGCACCAUCCCCGCACCCAAACACAAAGAACCGCCCCCCCAACCCCCAGACCCGGGUACUGCAAACACAGUCCACCAACACACUGCGCGUAGAAAAGCCGCCGGCUGCGGAAGCCGACCGCGCGUUUUGCCCCUGUGUCGUCAAGGGCGAGAAGCAAAGGUUCCUAUGUUGACUAGUUGAGACAAAUAUAAGUAUGGCCUUCUACAGUUAUAAAACAGUCUUAGCUAUUGCCCGAACAAGAUUCCCUAGCUAUUUUGUCCAUCCUACCAGCUCUUCUUAUUCCCCAUCAUUUGCAUUUCUUCACUUGCCAGAUUGCCAUUUAAAUAAAACAUACAUGAAGAACUGUGUAAGCAAGAAGUACUCCUAUCCUAAUCAGUCAGGCAAUAAAAUACUUCACUUACGAACUAGAAUAAUACAAAAGUUACACACAUCAACUUGCUGGUUACAGGAGGUCCCUGGUAAACCUCAGCUGGAGCAAACCCCGAAAAAGCCCCAGGUGACAAGCCCUCAGCCCACAAAAGGACAUGGCAUGAAGAUUAAGGAAGAAAAGCAAUCUUAUAGACAAAGAUUUAUGGAUGAACUUAAAUAUUAUUACAAUGGAUUCUACUUGCUAUGGAUUGACACCAAAGUUGCUGCCAGAAUGGUUUGGAGGCUGUUGCAUGGGCAGGUGCUGACCAGACGAGAGAGACGAAGGCUCUUGAGGACUUGUGCUGAUUUCUUCCGCCUGGUUCCAUUUAUGGUGUUCAUAAUUGUACCCUUCAUGGAAUUCUUAUUACCAGCAUUUCUGAAAUUCUUCCCAGAGAUGUUGCCAUCAACUUUUGAAAGUGAAUCCAAAAAGGAGGAAAAACAGAAAAAGAAAAUGGCUGCAAAGUUGGAACUAGCAAAAUUUCUUCAAGAAACGAUUACAGAAAUGGCAAGGAGGAACAGGGCCAAGCUGGGAGAUGCCUCCGUACAGUUCUCAUCCUAUGUCAAACAGGUCCAGACAGGCCACAAGCCCAGCACAAAGGAGAUAGUUCGCUUUUCCAAGCUAUUUGAAGAUCAGCUAACCCUGGAGCACCUAGAUCGACCUCAGCUGGUUGCCCUCUGCAAGCUUCUAGAGUUGCAGUCCUUUGGAACCAACAAUUUGCUCCGCUUUCAACUUCUGAUGAAACUAAAGUCCAUAAAAGGAGAUGAUGAAGUAAUUGCCAGAGAAGGGGUGAGUGCUUUGAGCGUGUCAGAACUGCAAGCUGCCUGCAGGGCCCGGGGGAUGAGAUCCCUGGGUCUCACUGAGGAACAACUGAGACAGCAGCUCACAGAGUGGCAGGACCUCCACCUGAAGGAGAACGUCCCUCCUUCUCUGUUGCUUCUGUCACGAACCUUCUACCUGAUAGAUGUGAAGCCAAAGCCCAUUGAAAUACCAGUAAGCGGGGAGUCUCCAAAACCAGAUAUUCCUGUGGAAUCACAUACUUCUCCUGAAUCUAAAGAGACGCUGGUGGAUUUAGCACCUUCACUGAAGGGAACUAAGGAUGAAGAAUUUAUACAGCUGCCACCCGUUCCCUCAUCUCCCAUAACACCAUCAACGCCUAUCCCAUUACCUAAAGGACCCAUCACUUCUGCUAAAGAAGCUCCUCCUCUCCACCUUGAGGAAAAGCCCGACCCUGGCCUGCUAACGAACUCCAGUUCCUCGAGAAUGAUGAAUCCCUACUACGCAGCAUUCAGUGGAUCUCGCCAUUGGCCUAGCAAGAUGCCUAGGCCUUCGCUGUGCCAACUACUCAUCUCCUCACUGGGUGUGGUUUUAGGCAGCUUCUAAAAUCAGGCCUCAGUGGUGAUGUCAGAUUUGGCCUGCAUCUCACACGUAAGAGUUUUGCUACAACACGGAGGUGUUGGUGGAGCUUGGCAUUUAUGGACCCCACACCUGUGCCACGUCUAAGUCUAUACUUCAGUCAUUACAAUACCAGUCACGUUGGUGACAUCAAAUAAAUACGCUGUAACGCUAAAGCCCAGGCUAAAGAUUUCCCAGUCACCACCAGUUAGUUCACAGUAGGUAAGGUCAGACUAAUGGAGCUCCGAAGCAGAUUGGCGCAUCAUCCCCGCCCCCGCGGACGUUGACAGAGACCUUGGCCUGCUGGCGCCCCCCCGUGGCGGCUGACAGGCACAGCGGCUUCACUGUCAUGGAGACAGAUUUCUUGCUUCAUCUGGGGUUCAAUCUUUCUUACUUGAGGAUCAAUACAGUACAUUAGUGGUGCCAAGGGACUGAUGAUCCCCAGUCUAUGGCAAUUAGAAAUAAGGUGGAAAGGCAGUAUUGAUUAAUGGUGUGAUGAUCCCAGGCCCUAAUCUUUUAACCCUCCGAAACCAGACAGAUUCAGUGCCUUGACAGCACGACGUCUUCAUUAGAUAAACUGGAUUCCUUUCCUCAGGAGACCCAAUCUGGUUAUCUAAGUAAAAUGGCCAUUUCAUUUUCCCUCAGGUCAAUUUUACUAUCUUUUAUUUGACAGCCAGCUCAGUCUCUGGGGAAAUUUGUGGGCGAUCGGAGUAGUAACAGCAAGGACAUCACGGUUAUAGUAACAGUGCCUUGUAGUUCUCCAGCACCUUUCCCGAAGGCAUGUUAAAAGCGCUUUAUAGAUCCUCCAUCCACUCACACAACAUUGCUUCAAGGGAGAGCUGAGGAGGGAGUGAGCGUCAGUAUUUUACAAGGAAAGACACCACUCUAAGGUCUCAAAGCAAAUGAUUUUAAGAGCAGAAAUUCAUUUCCUGGCUCUGUUCACCAAGUUAUGCCUUCUUUAAACACAAACACAAACUGUAAUAUGUUGACAGACGCAUAUUUACAGAGAGACACAAGGAUAAGAGAGAACUUUACAACAGCGGCCAACACUGCAGCUGCCCCCCCCAAAUAGCUAGCUCAGAAAGGAAACUUAAAGCAGCAAUCCUGUUUGCCCUGCAGAAAUGAAAGCGAAUCCGACUUUCUUCUGUAUUUCGCAGUAAUCCCGCAAAGAGUAAGCUUUAGGGGCGGGGACGGAGUACUCGCAAUUCCAGGGCUGAGGUUCUGAGGAGGGAAUCCACGUGUUGAGUGCAGUGAUCACCAGCAGGUGGCAGAGAAAGAAAAUUUCCAAGCAGCCAAACACCAAACAUUCAGAGAAUUUUUCCCCUUUCCUGGGGGAUGGGGUGGAGUUUGUCCUGGAAGAACUAUAGGAAGCCAAGAUCUGCGAUAGUUCUAACACAUGAAGUCUGGUCACAGACACAGGAAGGAUGGUGGGGUGGGGGGGAGGGAGAAGCAUGACCAGAGUAAGCUGGGAGACAUGAAGCAAGGGGCCUGGACGUCAAACUGAUCUUACGUGACAAGUUUUCCCUCACAUAGAAGUACGGACAAAACCGCACCCACGUGAAGGAGGAGAUGCGUAUCUGGGUUUGAGUUUCUGCAGGCCCUGGGUCCCGUAAUCCGUAGCUUUCCUUUUAAAUCCCUCGAGCUCUACCCUUUGGCUAUUCCCAGGUAGGCCCCCAGCCCCCCUUCUGACCCUCCCACCCCACCCAACCCCACCAGUUUCCUCUGAGGAAACAAUCUGUGGUUGAGGGCUGCGGAGCCUUGGCUAGGGGCCCAGAGCCUCGGGCGCACUGAGGUUUCUGCCCACCGCACACAGUCGUCUCCUCCUGCCUUUCCAAAAAGCAUCGGAGAGGUAGGUUUG